CGCCGCUACAGCUGUAGUAUUAUACACGGGGAUAUUAAAGCAUAAAACUCUUAUCAAGCUUUCAAAGAGAGUUGUGUUUGAUAUGUAUUGACGGGAGGUGGUCUGUGAAUGGAAUCUUUGAUUUUUGUUGAUUUUAUCGUCAGUAAUAAAUGAUUGGGCUAAUUAGUGAACCUCGGCAAUGUAGAAUUAUUUUUAAAUACACUAGUAGUAUGUCCAUCGGCUUCCAUUGAUUGGUUCUGAAUGCGUUUGCUGGUGAUUUACAGUACUUUGUUUUGAGAAUUAGAUACAGUGAAAACAAAUAGACGAGUGGGACGGUUUAUUCGAAUUCUCUGCGUGUUAAAUAACAAAUAGACAGGAAUGCGCAUGUACUUUUAUAAUUUCAGUGUGCGUGCAUGUCACUUAAAGAAGGAAGCCGUUUACUAAAUUACAAUUUUCGGAAACUGACCCGACGAUAAAGUGUUGCGAGACAAUGAAUGGGUGAUAACCGGAAUUAACAGUCAAUGCAUGCGAUUUUUUUUCAAAUAAUAAAUCAAGCUUCUUGGUAAACAUCACGUAAUGUAACUCCCGCCAUGGAGAUAUCGUCAGCUCCCCAUUCCAGGUCCUGUUCUUUCAGAACACGUGCCAGACCAAACGACUUACAACUAAAAAAAGCCCGCCAGAGAACAAACAGUGUUCCAAAUUGUCAACUGUUUCUAAAACUUCCAGAAGAAGGGUCCAAAACUUCUUUGAUCUCCAAAGAUCAGCUGUGUCGCGUUCGUUCCUUUAAAACCACGUCGAAACAUGUGAUAAAUCGCGGCGACUCUUUUAAGAAUAAGAGCACUAACAGUCUGAUGUCCAGUGGCAGUGCCGUGACAGAACCGGACAAAAAACAAAGGACCCAAAGUGUCACGUCCGAGGACAGUCAGCCGGGGUCUUCCGCGCCGUCAUAUUUUAAAGUGGCUAUUAUUGGAAGUCUUGGAGCAGGAAAGUCGACACUGAUUAGACAGUUUAUGACGUCCGAGUGUAUGGGGUAUAAUGCCAUAUCACCUGAUGUGGAAUCGGAACCAGAGACAACUGUAUCUGUUUUAUUAGAUGGUGAAGAGUCUAUGAUGGAAUUUAUAGAAGAUCCACAGUUAGACGAAUACGACGAUCUUCAGUUUGAUGCGUACAUCGCAGUAUUUUCCAUUAUAGACCAAAGCUCCUUCGAAUCCGCAACUAAUCUGAUCCGCCAUCUUCGUGUAACUAUGGGAACAGAUAGAGCUAUUUUAUUGGCUGCUAAUAAGAUAGAUCUUGUUCGACAAAGACGUGUAAAUGCUAACGAGGCGAGAACCAUAGCUAUGAAGUACGAUUGUAAUUAUAUGGAGACGUCCGCGGCUUUGAACCAUUACGUUGAUGAACUACUGGUGAAAUCUUUAAGUCAGAUACGUCUGAAACUAAGUCCGCCAUUACCAAGGCUGAGAGGUGCCACGGACGAUUUGUGUCUCAAUAAACAGUCCUCGCCUAAACGUGCGUUAUCUUUUCUGUGUAAGUUAUUUCGACGGAACGGACGAAAAGCUAGGUCCUGUGACAAUCUGUUUGUGUUUUAGAAGAAGAAGAACUACACGAGUUUUACGAGUUCUGGGUGCGAAUGGAUAUGCAAAAAUGGAAAAUAUGGAGUGUUAUUUACCAUCAAACAAAACAGAUUUAGGCCAAGCCUGGAAAUAACGGUUUUAGAUGUACCUGAUAAAAUGUCAGGCACUAAUGAAAUAGUACCUAACAUUUUCAACUUAGUGUCUGACAUGUAUUAAUAAUAUCAUUAAAAAAGACAAAUCAUUGCCGGACAAAAUGACCGGUACCAGAGGUUUUGUGCCUGACAAAGCCUGAAUCUAUGCCUGACAUUGUCAGUGACAGGUGCCUUAUUUCCAGGCUUGUGAUUUAGGCCCGUUUUCCACGUACGUGUUUUCGCGACGUUUCCGUGCGAGUUUUCCCGCCGGAAACGUCGGUCUAAUGCCAAUGUAAUGGGACCGUUAUCCAUGUGACCGCAAAAACGCGUACAUGGAAAACAGGCUUUUGUUUUGGUCUGUUUGGACGUGUUUGAUAAUAUGUUGAUAUGUACAAAGACAAAGUGUAUAUAAUGUAACUUCAUAAAUAUUGAACUGUGUAUAAGGGUUGAUCUGAGUCCGUACGUUCAGAUCUGGAACUAUUCGAGAUGCGUAUAUGUUGACUUGAACCCGAACGAGAUGUGUAUGUUGACUUGAACCCGAACAAGAUGUGUAUGUUGACUUGAACCAAGACAAGAUGUGUAUGUUGACUUGAACCCCAAUCGGGUGUGUAUGUUGAGCUGGGACUACGCAAAUUAAAAUGUUUCAUUUUGAAUGUGAUAAAUGAAGAGGGCUUGAUUCAAAUAUUGAACCGUGUAGGUUAAUUUACCUAUGUGCACAAACGAGCAGUGUAUGUUGACCCGACCCAAACGAGCCGUGGAUGUUGACCGAACCCAGCCCAAACGAGCAGUGGAUG